CGCGGGUCGGUCGGCCCGGCCUCGCAAUGCCUCUCGGGAGGUGUAGUCCGGGAGGGCUGACAAACCACUGGCGGCGGCGGCGGCGGCCAGAACUCGGGACUCGCUAGAGAGCGGAGGCAGCCGUGGCGUUUUCCCAACAGGCGAAUCGUCCCUCCGAAAGGAGCUUUUGGACCGUCUUGGGUUCAAAACUACGAAGAGUUCUGUGACACCUUAAGGCUCGCAGACGUAUUGCAACAUAAUCUUCUCCCGUCUGGAAGGAAGCUUCGUCGGACACUAAAGUUGAUCUGGCAUUGAUAACUGAAGGAGAAGCAAACAGACUACAGACAAGUAUCAACUUUCUGAAGAUUUCUGAUGAAGGAUGGCUACCCCAUUUGUUCCUGUCCCAAUUCCUAUAGGAAGUUCUACUAGUUUUACCACAAAUAGAAAUCAAAGAAGGUCAUCUCUUGGCAGCAUUUCAACAUGUUCAGAUUCUUCCAAGGGCCAAUUGGAGGAUUCUUCGAACAGUAGUUUUAAAAAGAUGAGUGUCCCUGAUGGGAUUGGAGCCACUUCAUCUCCUUGUAAUAGUCCACUUGUUAGGACUAAAUUUAUAGGUAUAAACACAUCCAUGGAAUAUUGCACACAACCAUCAGAAGAUACGGAACAAAACAGAGAAUUUGGGAGCUGGGAAGAUCGGCCUGCUACACCUACAAUACUAGGUUAUGAGGUGAUGGAAGAGAGGGCAAAAUUCACUGUUUACAAAAUUCUUGUUAAAAGAAAUCCAGAGGAGAACUGGGUCGUCUUCAGAAGGUAUACAGACUUCUCCAGGCUUAAUGACAAGCUCAAAGAGAUGUUUCCUGGUUUUCGACUGGCACUUCCACCAAAGCGAUGGUUCAAGGAUAAUUAUAAUCCUGACUUCCUGGACGAUAGACAGCUGGGGCUACAAGCAUUCCUGCAGAAUUUAGUAGCCCAUAAAGACAUUGCUAACUGCCUUGCAGUAAGGGAGUUUCUUUGCUUGGAUGAUCCUCCCGGUCCAUUUGACAGUCUUGAAGAGAGCAGAGCUUUCUGUGAAACACUAGAAGAAACCAACUACCGUCUGCAUAAGGAGCUCACCGAAAAGCAAAAAGAGGUGGAAGUUCUCAAAAAAUUAUUACACGAGAAAGAAGAGUACAUAGAUGUAUUGGAGAAAAGGAUUGGGGAUUUAAAUUUAGAGGAAAUGAAGUCCCAUACAAUGUCAGGACAGGAGAGUGAGUGCAGUGGUGAAGUAGAGUCAUCUGCAAUAGAGGCCGAUCAAGGUGCUAUGGAAGAAGGCAACAGUUCGGGAAAGGAGAAUCGAGAAACAUGUUGGAGCGGUUCCUUGGCUGAAAACUGUAUACCAGAAAUUGAAGUUGCAGAGGUGGCAUAUUCAGCUGAUGAAUAUUGAACACACAGAUGUGCUACAAUUAGUUCUUAUUUUUCAAAUUACGCCAAGCCCAAUGAUGCACUUUAAAAUACGAAAAAUGACUUAAUGUGCCAAGUGUAUUGGCUUUUUUGAGUUGGACCUGUGGAUGAAGGUGAGACCAGUUUGCACAGUUGUGCCUCUUAGCAUUUGCUUGUUUCAGAUGUUUCCUUUAAUAUUGUGGGUGAGCUUUAUGGGAUCUUCAAAAACAUUCUGCUCAGCAGUUGUUGGCUGAAAGUGCCUUUUGUCCGCUCUUCCAGUGGGAAGAAUGCUGCUUUUGUUCUUCACUGUGCCACCUAGUUCUUUGUUUUAAUGCUGUUAACACACAGUCUCCAUGUGCUUGUUGUCUUCAAUGCUCACUUUGUAUUUUGGGGUUUAAAGACAAAGAUCUGUGCAGAAGUGUAUAAAAGCAUCUGGGGCAAAUAAACUUUUGGACA